AUGUCUCAAGUUAAGGAAUCAUGGGACAACCUUUACGGUUACUUGCUCAAUAAAGACCAGCCCGGUUCAAUUAUCGAUAAAUACGACAGAUAUGCGGUUCAUUAUGAUAAAGAUCUUGGGAACCUUGGGUAUGGAUUGCCUGCUGAGGUUGCGGGGAUUGUGGCGAAUAACGUUAAAGGGAUGAAUGACCUCAAGAUUUUGGACGUUGGUGUUGGAACAGGACUCUUGGGUGCGAACCUCAAAAAGCUUGGCGUGGAUUGUGUUAUAGAUGGUAUUGAUGGGAGCCAAGGAAUGCUGGAUGUGGCUGCUAAACUCGGUGAAGUUUACGCCACUCUUAAACGUCACAUGCUCACUAUUGAUAAUCCUUUACCUUUCCCCGAUGUAUAUUAUAAUGUUUCGAUGUCGUCCGGAUGUUUCAGCCCUCAACAUAUUGAAAGCGAGAUGGUGGAAGAUAUGAUACGGGUUGUUAAAAAGGGGGGUUUGGUCAUCGUGACGUCACGUGAUGACGUAGAGUUCGCAGCAUACAGAGACGAAAUGGAAGGAAGGCUGAAGAAGUUGGUCGAAGAUGACGUGGUCAAAAUGAUCGAAACUGCAAAGCCGGAUUUUUUCGCCUUUAAUUAUUAUAGAGAUGAUCCAAGCACUCCAAGUAGUGGCAAGUGUUGGGUAAUGAAGAAAUUAUAA